CAACGAAAACUGAACGAGGAAGUGAAUGACGAUUUGGCCGUGAAGAGGGAGGAAGGUUUUAUCCGUUGCUCACGUAUUAAGUUGGAUCACGGUGAGUAUAGAAAAAAAAAUUAAACCAGUUGAUUAUGAUAAAUGCACUGAAGAGUUAGGUGAUUCCAGUCCAGCUCGAAAACGAUUACAGCUUCGAGUAGCAUUCCAGCAGACCACUUUAAUAUGUGAUACUUCACACAUCUGACGUGAUACACGAAGCCUCUGUUAGUCCGUACUGUCCAUGAUCAUGACAGUAACGACAAAUUUAGAGUUCCAAGGGACUGUUUAUAUGAAGUCAGUGAGCUAGUCCGGUUAGCAGUUGUCGUUGUGUUUAUGUGAGAGGCGGGCUGACCCGCAGGCUAACCCGCUUGCCGGGAUCUUGGCUCGGUAAGUCUUGCCAGCCCGCCUACUCAUAUAAACACAACGACAAUUUUAUGAGGAGACAAGGCAUUAGCCGAGCUAGUCCGGUAAAGCGGGCCAGCCCAGCUAUCCGGGCUAGUUAACCUGUCAUAAAAGAGGCUCCAAGAUAGUAAGGCUAAGAGAAGGAAAAGUUUCAAACCGACAAAUUAGCCGGACUAUUUCUAGCUCUAACAAACGAGAUGGAGAUCGAGCAGGCGCGAUCUCUUAAAGUCAUUGCCUCGAUGUCUUGAAAUUCAUCUUGGCCAACUCUUCGAAAGUCGUUGAGAAAGUUAUCUUUGUUGGGGUUGUAUCUUAGUAGUGAGGUUUACUUGCGUUUCAUGAUUUGCGAACCUUUGUUAUAAUCCGCAGAAUCUUUCUGCUAAAUUAUCUUAGAGCCCGCCAGUUCGAGCUCUAUGGAGAGUUUUAUAUGUUUUCCUGGUGAAAAGAUCUGCGACAGAUGCCACGGCAAAACCCACGUUUGGCAAAAGAACUAUCACAGAAUUUAGCCGAAACGUGAUGCGGAAGAUGACUUGUUUGGGCACCAAACGUUGAAGUUUCACAGCCGAUCAUCAAAUUUUCGGUGCAAAGGUCGAAAUUUUAUUCCGUUCCUUUCUCUGGGAAAUUCCCGGGACAAACGGAAAUUCUGAAAAGGUGGUCCCGUUUUCGCGAUUGGGACGUUCCGAAUGGAAAUUCGUUUACCAUUUACAAGUUUCUUGAGUUUCGUACUGGUUUCAUGUUGUAACUCAGAAUCCAGUCUAGUGUGGUGCGACAAUCCGGAAAUUUUAGGCAAAUAGUAAACGACACGUACCGUUUUUACGGACCGAACAUUCCCAACCACAAUUUCCAGAAUUUUUUUAUAAAUGGUAAACAACCAUGGUUUCGAUUCUCCUGGUGAAACUUAUCAGUUGCCGAGUCUCACUACUUUGUCUACUUUGUGUUUAGUUGCGACCGAGUGCACAAGUAGUUCUCGAUUGAUUAGUGAAACACAUGUAAAACCCUUCAAAGUAAUGCUGAAAUUCUCCUGUAAAGCAGAGUGAAUAUAACCUAACUCGAUAUUCUCAAAAGCAGAAGCUGCUGAACUGAAACAUGUUAGGAAACCGUCCACAUCGAGCACUGCGAUGUUCCGCGAGUGCUGAAGAAUACUGAUCAUGAUCCGAUGUCAAUAUAACAUGAAACGAGGUGAUCUGUAGAAGCGUAUUUGUUUACAUUAAGUUCAGUUGCCUAUUGACGGUUCUUCACGAUAUCUCGUUGGGUACACGGAUAAAGCAACGAUUAACAAUUUAUUUUUUUAAAGGUUUCUGUUCACAGAACGAAUAUACAAUAAAUUAGGUACAAUCUUGGAAACUUGAUUUGCUUGAAUCGCGUGUACGUCAACAAGCCCUCUCUAUCAGACUAUAGUUUGACAGACGAGAGCAACUGCCAAUAACAAAAUGUAGACAGAAAGAAAAUUCUCGCGCCAUCACACAAACAGGCUUCAAAAGUAAGCAGCUUAGAGACAAUUACUUAUAAAUUAGACACUAAGUUGAUGUAAGGAGCGGGCGCCAAUAGAAAGAAGAUUUAGAUUCAACAAGGAACCCAUCCUUGACAUGCUGAACACAUUAUAAACCAGUUAGGAGCCCAUGAGCCAACAGAAGCCUUUCACGUACUCGUGCGAACCACCAGACAUGAAGAAAUGCUUCAUUAAAUGACAACUGCUCAGGCGUCUAACGACUGAUUCCUCUCAAACCACUUUUGAGGAAAGUAUCUAAAAUUUUGAAAAAAAACCUGAGAGAAAGAGGCUACCCUGUCCCUAUUGUGAGAAAGUACCUCUCUGAGUUAAAUUUCGCCGACAGGAAAACAGCCCUUCAACAGAGCAACAAAUCUGCACCUAAAAAACUACUACCUUUUGUUACACAAUACCACCUGGCUUUACUUAGACCGAAGAAGAUGCUAUGGGAAAAUGGCACCAAAACCAACAACGAAGUUGCCUCGCCUCAUAUCAUAUCGUAAGGGAAAAUCCCUUAAGGACCUAUUAGCCGGGCCUAUUAGUUAGAGCGAAGCUACGAAGGACGGAUAAGUUCCUUUAAACCGUAGUGCAGGAGUUGUGUGUAGCGACUGUCGUUGUCAAGUUUUAAACCUGGUAACCUGAGAUGUGUCAAAGUUUGAUUCUUUGCUUUCUCCGUUAAGUUUGACGAAGGGAGUCCUAGGAGACCCAAGGGGACUGCAGUGUACUUCAUUUUCCCUGUCCCCCCUCCCCCCCAUCCCUUGUCUUGAUGCAAGUUAAAGAAAAGCCAUAAAAUUACCUUCUAGUCGAUAUCUCCCUACUCCCAACAUUUCAUUUUCUCCCUCCUCCCUGCAUUUUCGACCCGAGUUCUCCUUCCUCCCUACUUUUUCCGGGUCAUUUCUCCCUCCUCCCUCUUGUGUAACUCCCCCCUCUACUUUGUGUUUAGUUGCGACCGAGUGCACAAGUAGUUCUCGAUUGAUUAGUGAAACACAUGUAAAACCCUUCAAAGUAAUGCUGAAAUUCUCCUUUAAAGCACAGUGAAUAUAACCUAACUCGAUAUUCUCAAAAGCAGAAGCUGCUGAAACGAAACAUGUUAGGAAACCAUCCACAUCGAGCACUCCGAUGUUCCGCCCGUGCUGAAGAAUACUGAUCAUGAUUCGAUGUCAUGUACGCAGUGAUAAUAUAACAUGAAACGAGGUGGUCUUUAGAAGCAUAUUUGUUUACAUUAAGUUCAGUCAACUUCCUUAAAACUCCUCUUCGCAAGUGCCAACUGACGGUUCUUCACCAUAUCUCGGUGAGUACACAGAUAAAGCAACGAUUAACAAUUUAUUUUUUUACAGGUUUUUGUUCACGGAACGGAUAUACAAUAAAUUAGGUACAAUCACAAUCUUGCAAACGUGAUUUGCUUGAAUCGCGUGUACGGCAACAAGCCCUCUCUAUCAGACUAGAGUUUGACAGACGAGAGCAACUGCCAAUAACAAAACGCGACAGAAAAAAAUUCCUUGCGCCAUCACGCAAACAGGUUUCAAAAGUAAGCAGCUUAGAGACAAUUACUUAUAAAUUAGACACUAAGUUGAUGUAAGAAGAGGGGGUCGAUAGAAAGAAGAAAAAAAGAGAAUAGGAAGAAGCCUGUUUUACCGACGGCAUCAGUCAUUUGCACCCUUGGUGUUCGACCAUGUCCAUCAAAACUCCAUUUACGGAACCAAAAAGGAAAAUGAAAGUGUUCAAGGUUAGUUUUUUUGGUUUGGAGAAGAUGACUUUGUUGAUGGGGUUGCCAUGCGACAAAAACGAAAACUGAACGAGGAAGUGAAUGACAAUAUGGCCGUGAAGAGGGAGGAAGGUUUUAUCUGUUGCUCACGUAUUAAGUUGGAUCACGGUGAGUAUAGAAAAAAAAAAAUUAAACCAGUUGAUUAUGAUAAAUGCACUGAAGAGUUAGGUGAUUCCAGUCGAGUUCGAAAACGAUUACAGCUUCGA